AUGGCUGCCGCUACUGUUUGCUCUGUUGCUGCCGGCAGCUCCCUGGCCGGCCAUCAGUCGCGCCUCGCACUGCCUCAACGGCAGACCGUCGCGCCGUUCCUCUCGUCAAGCGCGUUCACUGGCGGCCAAUCAGCUCUGCGCGCCAAUGCCACGUCAGCGAGGCCCGCUGGCGUGGAGGGGCCAACUCUCCGCCACGUGGCACCACAAGCUGCGCUGGUGAAGGGAAAGAGCUACGGCGCCCACAAGGUGAAGGGGUCAGCGCGGCCAGUGAUGGAGGACAGGGUGGCGGCGGUGGUGGAGGGGGAGAAGCGCCCCUCUUUCUUCGCUGUGUUUGACGGCCAUGGGGGGGCCGCUGUCGCCGAGUUGGUGGCGCGCACACGCACUGAGAAGCGCCCCUCCUUCUUUACCGUGUUUGAAGGCCAUGGGGGGGCGGCUGUCGCGGAGUUCCUGGAGAAGGAGCUGUGGCCCGCAUACAAGAAGAGCAUUGAGAGUGAGCGCCGUGCUCCGGCUCACGCCUCUCCCUCCCUGGCGUCUCCUCGUCCUGCACGCCUUUCACUCCCCACUUCCCACCUGCACUGCACCACUUCUCUCCUCAUGCUCCCUCCCUUCCACCCAUUCCUCCAGUCCUCCCAUCUCGCCUCCAUGCUCCCAGUCCUCAUCGGCAUCAACCGUGCCCCCAUGCGCCCCCACCCGCGCACCUGCACUCCCCCCUCACCCUCAGCCGCGCUGAGCAAGGGCACGAGUCUGGAGAGGGCGACCCUGCGUGCGUACGAGGAGGUGGACAAGCGCACCCUGGCGCCCCCCAAGGGGUUCUUUGGCAUGAUGAUGAUGGAGAGCAGCAUGGGCGGCCCCGGCGGCCUCAAGUGCGACUCUUGCGAAUGCAUCUCAUCCCAGUCUCCUUCCUCCUCUCUCCUACUAUCCCCCCCAACACCCCACACUCACUCCCAAGUGCGGCUCCGGCCAAUGUCACCUCCCAUUGCAAUCCUCUUUCUCCUCUCUCCUAUGUUUCCCCCCACCCCUCCCCUCUCCCCCCCACUUCUUCCCCAGGCGCCCCCCAAGGGGUUCUUUGGCAUGAUGAUGGAGCGCGGCAUGGGUGGCCCCAAGUGCGGCGCCUGUGCCAACACCGCUGUCAUUCUGCCCCAGCCAGACGGGUCAUACCAGCUGGUAGCAGCCAACGUGGGUGACUCUCACACGUACCUGUCGCGGGCAGGGGAGACCAUCAAGCUGAGCGAAGACCACAAGCCCAACAUAGAGGCGGAGCGCAUGAGGAUCGAGCGCAAGAACCCCACCCCCGGACAACCACUGGUGCGCAUGGCGGGGGGCGAGUGGCGGGUGGGAGGGCUGCUGGCGCUCUCACGUGCGUUUGGCGACGUCUACCUCAAGGACUGGAGCGAUGGCACCAGGGACGGUGCGCGCGGAGGCUUUGGGCUCACCGCUGAGCCCUAUGUGACCGUCCUCACCCUCUCCCCUGGCGAUGAUUGGCUGAUUAUCGGCUCGGACGGGCUCUGGGACGCGGUUAAGAGCCAAGAGGCCAUCGACCUGUGCCGCAAGCAAGGACCCGAUGCACAGCUGGACGCAGUGGCAGCAGAGCUGGUGGGCAUGGCACAGAAGAAGGGGUCAACGGACGACAUCAGUGCAGUCGUGGUGCGCCUGCCCACCGCUGAUGCCGCCCCUGCUGCUGAACAGUAG